GAGGGCGGGGUCGAAGGUUUCGAUUAGUUGUCGCCGCCGCUGGGGAAGGUAAAGCGGCGACGGCGGCCUCGGGAGCUGUGGGACCCUGGCUGGAGGUGGGGAUCUCGGCGGGGGAAUCAUUUAAUACUUCACAUUAGGACAAAUAUGUGAAAGUUCCUGCCAACCUGUGAGAAUUUCUUCCUUUGGACAUUUUUUGUUCUACUUACUGUACAACUUUCUUAGAAGUUCUUUUUUGGUGCCAUGUUCUGUGGCUUGCAUCAAAAGAGGAGUUUGUCUUCAUGAAGAUUCCUAACAUUGGUAAUGUGAUGAAUAAAUUUGAGAUCCUUGGGGUUGUAGGUGAAGGAGCCUAUGGAGUUGUACUUAAAUGCAGACACAAGGAAACGCAUGAAAUUGUGGCAAUCAAGAAAUUCAAGGACAGUGAAGAAAAUGAAGAAGUCAAGGAAACGACUUUACGAGAGCUUAAAAUGCUUCGUACUCUCAAGCAGGAAAACAUUGUGGAGUUAAAGGAAGCCUUUCGUCGGAGGGGGAAAUUGUACUUGGUGUUUGAGUAUGUUGAAAAAAAUAUGCUUGAAUUGCUGGAAGAAAUGCCAAAUGGAGUUCCACCUGAAAAAGUAAAAAGUUAUAUCUAUCAGCUAAUCAAAGCUAUUCACUGGUGCCAUAAGAAUGAUAUUGUUCAUCGAGAUAUAAAACCAGAAAAUCUCCUAAUCAGCCACAAUGAUGUUUUGAAACUGUGUGACUUUGGUUUUGCUCGGAAUCUCUCAGAAGGCAAUAAUGCUAAUUAUACAGAAUAUGUGGCCACCAGGUGGUAUCGGUCUCCAGAACUCUUACUUGGAGCUCCCUAUGGCAAGUCUGUAGAUAUGUGGUCCGUGGGCUGUAUUCUUGGGGAGCUUAGUGAUGGACAGCCUUUAUUUCCUGGAGAAAGCGAAAUUGACCAACUUUUUACUAUUCAGAAGGUGCUAGGACCACUUCCGCCUGAGCAAAUGAAGCUCUUCUACAGUAAUCCUCGCUUCCACGGGCUCCGGUUUCCAGCUGUUAACCAUCCUCAGUCAUUGGAGAGAAGAUACCUUGGAAUUUUAAAUAGCGUUUUACUUGACUUAAUGAAGAAUUUACUGAAGUUGGACCCAGCUGACAGAUACUUGACAGAACAGUGUUUGAAUCACCCUACAUUCCAAACCCAGAGACUUUUGGAUCGCUCCCCUUCAAGGUCAGCAAAAAGAAAACCUUACCACGUGGAAAGCAGCACUUUGUCUAAUAGAAACCAAGCCAGCAAAAGUGCGGCUUUGCAGUCUCAUCACAGAUCUAACAGCAAGGACAUCCAGAACCUAGGUGUGGGUCUGCCCCGGGCUGACGAAGGUCUUCCUGCCAACGAAAGCUUCCUGAACGGAAACCUUGCUGGAGCUACUCUUAGUCCCAUGCACACCAAAACCUACCAAGCGGGCAGCCAGCCUGGGCCUACCAGCAAAGAUCUGACCAACAACAACAUACCACACCUUCUCAGCCCAAAAGAAGCCAAAUCAAAGACAGAGUUUGAUUUUAAUAUUGACCCAAAGCCUUCGGAAGGCCCGGGCACGAAGUACCUCAAAUCAAGCAGCAGAUCUCAGCAGAACCGGCACUCAUUUAUGGAAAGUUCUCAGAGCAAAGCCGGGACGCUGCAGCCCAGUGAAAAGCAGAGUCGGCAUAGCUACAUCGACACCAUUCCCCAGUCCUCUAGGAGUCCUUCCUAUAGGACCAAGGCCAAAAGCCAUGGGGCAUUGAGUGACUCCAAGUCUGUGAGCAACCUUUCCGAAGCCAGGGCCCAGAUCGCAGAGUCCAGUACCAGUAGGUACUUCCCAUCCAGCUGUUUGGACUUGAACUCUCCCACCAGCCCAACCCUCACCAGGCACAGCGACACAAGAACUUUGCUCAGCCCCUCGGGGAGAAAUAACCGAAGUGAGGGCACUCUUGACUCACGCCGAACCACAACCAGGCAUUCCAAGACGAUGGAGGAGUUGAAGCUGCCCGAACACAUGGACAGCAGCCAUUCACAUUCGCUGUCUGCGCCUCAUGAAUCCUUUUCGUAUGGGCUUGGCUACACCAGCCCCUUCUCCUCCCAGCAGCGUCCACACAGGCAUUCCAUGUACGUGACCCGGGACAAAGUGAGAGCCAAAGGCUUGGACGGAAGCUUGAGCGUAGGGCAAGGGAUGGCGGCCAGAGCCAACAGCCUGCAGCUCUUAUCACCUCAGCCCGGAGAGCAACUGCCUCCAGAGAUGACUGUGGCGCGAUCUUCCGUUAAGGAGUCCUCCAGAGAAGGCACCACUUCAUUCCAUUCACGGCAGAAGUCUGAGGGUGGAGCGUAUCAUGACCCCCACUCUGAUGAUGGCACUGUCCCCAAAGAAAACAGACACCUGUACAAUGAUCCUGUUCCGAGGAGAGUUGGCAGCUUCUACCGAGUGCCAUCUCCACGUCCAGAUAAUUCUUUCCAUGAAAAUAAUGUGUCAACCAGAGUCUCUUCCCUACCGUCAGAAAGCAGUUCUGGAACUAAUCACUCAAAAAGACAACCAGCAUUUGAUCCAUGGAAAAGUCCUGAAAACAUUAGUCAUUCUGAACAACUCAAGGAAAAGGAAAAACAAGGUUUUUUCAGGUCAAUGAAAAAGAAAAAGAAGAAAUCUCAAACAGUGCCCAAUUCUGACGGCCCUGAUCUUCUGACAUUACAGAAAGCCAUUCACUCUGCUAGCACCCCAAGCAGCAGACCAAAGGAGUGGCGUCCUGAGAAGAUCUCUGAUCUACAGACCCAAAGCCAGCCAUUAAAAUCACUGCGCAAGCUGUUACAUCUCUCUUCAGCCUCAAAUCACCCGGCUUCCUCAGACCCCCGCUUCCAGCCCUUAACAACUCAACAAGCCAAAAAUUCCUUCUCAGAAAUUCGGAUUCACCCACUGAGCCAGGCCUCUGGUGGGAGCAGUAACAUCCGGCAGGAGCCAACACCAAAGGGCAGGCCGGCCCUCCAGCUGCCAGGUCAGAUGGACCCUGGUUGGCACGUGUCGUCUGUGACCCGGAGUGCCACAGAGGGGCCUUCCUACUCUGAACAGCUGGGUGCCAAGAGUGGGCCAAACGGGCACCCUUAUAACAGAACAAAUAGGUCCCGAAUGCCAAAUCUGAAUGAUUUAAAAGAGACAGCCUUGUAAUGUGUGCUGGAGUGGGGGUGGGGGGGAAAGGGACAAUCCGGUUAGGAGGGGAAGGGCGGGGUGGGGUGGGUGGAGAAUGGGCGGGGCCGGGGUGGUAAGCCAGUAUUUUCAGCUUUAUCAAGGUGUGUGCAAUAUUGUAUGUGUGGAGCCAGCUGGCUCCUCACGGCCACAAAUGCUAGUCAGGGAUCUUAGAGCCACAGGAGUUCCUUAGGGAUCACCAGUCCCCACGAGUCUUGUGUGAGAGUGGAUAGUGUGCAGCUGAGGAAGAAGACACUUUUGCCAGGUUCUCCCCCUUAGGUUCCAGCUCUAGUGCAAUCGCCGUUGAACUUGGGAAAGCCAGGAUGUGUUUUGGCACUGCAAGGGAUAGAAAAAUAUGUGUUGACCGAUGUCCUUACCACAGAUUUUUUUCCGCCUAGACUAAAUGUGGGGUUUAUUGUAAUCCAAAAGUAUCCCUUUGAAGGGUUAGCAGAUGAACUAACUGUAUGUCUUAAAUUGUUUUCUAAACUUCCAUAUUUGAUAGGGUUUGUAACAUUUAUUUAUAAUUAAUUAAUAUUGUACUGUUAUAAUCAUACCUUUUCUGUUAAACGUAAAGUUAUUUUGAGCUGUUUGGAACAUUGUGAAGCAGUGGGACAGCUACAGUAGUUUCUAUAAAAACUAAACAGUAACGUUUAUAUAUUGCAUCAGGAGUAUUUUAUUCUAUAUAUAAAUAUAUAUAUGGUAAAUAUCUGUCUGUUUUAUAAAUAUAAUCAUUUAAAGAAAGUAUCGUUAUGACACUAUCUGCCAUAUUUUUAUACAUUUGUGAUAUGAAGUGAGUAUUAUACUUCUAAUCAAGGGAGUUGAAUUGUGGCUGCUCGUGACUGUAACCGUAGGAACCUUGCUAAACUUUCAGGCGACAGCGGCAGCUUGUAGACACGAUCCUUGGUAGCAGACGAGAUGCAGCAUCUCCUUCUGAACCCACAGGGAAAGAAAGUUGGCUAGGCCAGUGAGAACUCCAGCAGGCCUGUUCCGUCCUCACACAGUUGGCUCCUCUUCGUGUCCAGGGACGUUCCUUGCACCUGAGGGGAGAACAGAUCCAGGGUUACUCAUGGGGUCUUUGUAGAGAGAAUGUGCUCUUCUACUUAGCAUUAGCGUAGGGCAUAGACCAAAGAUUUGCCAGUGAACAUUCCUAGUUGCGAGGUUGUAAAAGGUAUCUGCAGAUCUUGCAAACCAGCUCUAUGCUCCUGAAUCCUGUGCACUGUACUGGAGACUCUUGGCUGGUAGCGUGUGAGAUACAUGUGUGGCAUUUCUAUUUCUAAAUGCUUCUUUUGUUAUCGCUCUUUCCAAUAUAUUUAAAAGGCUCCUGAGGCAAUUCCAGAUGUAGAGAAAAUUGCUGUACUCAUCUUCCUGAGACGGUCCAUUUGUAACAAGUUUAUCAUGCACAUCAAUAAACACACAUACGCACACACACGUGGCCAGAACAGGACUUACCUUUCCCUCAUUUGAUCUCCUUCAACUCCCAGGUUAUUCCCAAGUAUCAUCAAGGCCUUUGGCCAACAAGGGUCAUAGCCCCGCGUUUCUGGGCCAUCCUUGACAGAAAUCACCUCAAUACCAUCAUCCGUCAAGAGUAUUAGAUUUUCGGAAGUAGUCUCUUAGCAAUAAUAUUUUUAAAGGUCCCCUCCCACCCCUCAAAGAGGUAGCUUCUCGGUAUUUAUUACUUGUCCCAGGACUGUGAGAGUAUCAGCCCCUGAAUCAAGUUGGCUAUAAUUGAAAUCUGCUGAGUUACUGUUCCCCUCCCCCAACAUUUUAAGAAUCAUAGCUCUGAUGAUUAUGAAGAUUAUAAAGAAAAAGGUCUUAGUUUCUUUGAAGCUUAAAUUGUGUGCAUAUUGCAUUUUUAUAUAACUACUAUAAUGAUGUGUAUUGAUUAUAUAUAGAGGUCAUUUUAAGGUGCUUUUAAUUUAAUUUUAAUAAGUGUAAUAGGCACUAAAAUAAAACUCAACUAGGUACUAUCAUUGAAACAAUUUGAUUCAAACCAAUAGUUUGCAUGCUCUUCGGUUCUUUUUAUAUCUUACUGCUUUCACCAGUUCAGUGCUGUCUGAGUAGCUCUGAAUUCUGGCUUUUUCCAGGCAGCUGCCCAGUUAUAUAGUGAUGUGGACCCUUAGCAGUUUUUGCCUGGAUACUAAUGACUCUAAAAGGGUGUGUAACUCUUCUUUUUUAAACUCAACCUGUACCUUGUAUUCCCCCUUGCAAACCAGAAACUCCAUUUUUUUCCUCUGGAAAGACUUCUCACUGUGCUGUGCGCUUAGGAACUGCGCAGUCACAUUGCCAUGCUGUGGCAUUUGAGGCUCGUCGUCACCUAGGGGCUGGUUUCCCAUGUUUUCAUCCGUGCUAACAUUGGGAUCUUAGAUAUUUGCAGAACAUUUAUAUUCGUGAUGGUUCUUCAAAGAAGGGCUAGAAUAAUUGCCUUCUACCUAGAGCAAAGUAAACCUAACUGAUGAAGAGUCAAUACAUACUUUUCGUACAUUCCCAGAUUUGAGCCAGAAAAUAUCUGCAAUGUUUUCAACUAGUGUUUUUGACGUAGCUCUUUUAUCCUCUUCUCAGCUUUUGUCCAUUCUGACUUUCAUUGACCUCAGUAAGCUGUAAAUGAUCUACAAUUCGCAUUUCUAGCAUGCAUAUUUCUCUUCCUGGUCACAUGGUAAAGUUUUCUCUCAAAUCUAAUGGGCCCUCUUUUAGCUCUGAACUUAUUUUCCUCUGGUUGAUGAAUUAUUGGCCUCACAAAGAUUGCCAUCUGUGAUAAGAUUAAGGACUUGACUUAAGGUCACAAAAGUCUGCAUUUUCUUCAGGAAGGGAAGUUUAUGACAUCCAUGUUCUAUCAUCUGCCCUAACUUCCUAAAGGAUAAAAAGGUUGAAUGAAGGCUUAUGAAUUGCUUUGUUUAUGGAAGUAUCGCUGAUCUUGUGAAAAGAAACUCUGCUUUACUGUUUUUCUACUUUUGCUUUACCGCCGUCCUCAUUAUUCUUCUCAGAAGUUCUGAAUGAACUUUUACUAAACCUUGUUUGGUUUCAGUCAGAGGUUUAGCCUCUCUAGAGCCCAAGACAAAAAGUGCUCCAUGCUGAGGGGCUCAAGUGAGUUAUCUACAGCAGGAUUCUCGACCAGGGCCAAUUUUGCCUCCUGGGGACAUUUGGCAAUGGCAGGAGACAUGUUUGGUUGUCACAACUGGGGGUGGUGGUGUGCUACUGGGAUCUAGUAGGUAGAGGCCAGUGUUGCUGCUAAACAUCUUGCAUGCCCAGGACCGCCCCCACCAGACAAAGAAUCAUUCAGCCCCAAAUGUCAGUAGUGCCGAGGCUGAGAAACCCUGCUCUACCAUAUUCCAAGCCCACCUGUCUGCAGAGCUUGGCCCCGCGCUAGUUCUCUGCAGGCUUCAAAACUGCAGGUACGAAUUCUUUAGCGUUGCAUUCUCUUAAAGAGUCUUCUACCACCUUUCUUGAAUCCCUGGAAUCCUACUGUCUGUUUUCAUUAUCUUGGACCUGCUAAAAGGUACAUCCUUUGGGAGGGGACCAGAGUCACUUUAUAGGUGUUUGAGAACUUAAAUUCUAGGUCAGCAUCCUUAGAAAAUCUUUCAUAGAGCCAUGAAGCUUAUAUUUAGAAGCAAGCAGCAGCCUGGCAGAUUGGCAUGAUUUUUACCAACUGCUCAAAGGCAUCCGUGGCUUUUAGCUGUCUCUCCCAAAAGAAAAUGUGUUUGUUUUUAAUUUAAGUCAUUUAAUAACUCUUUACAAAUACUGGCGUAUGACCGAUUAGAAGCAAAAAACUCUUAAUUGGUGGUCAUGAUGUGGCUGUUAUAGGAGUAUUUGUGCCGUGUGCUUUGGUUAAAUCUGUUUUAAAAUGUACUUUAAGAUUCACCAUUUGCAGUUGUACUUUAAUUCUAAGCUCAGAGCCAUGCUGGGUAGUUUCCAGUCGCAUCAUGUAUUAUAAAGUAUGCUGUGGUUGUAGAGUUAGACAGUUUAGCAUAUUUCUAACCUGAAAAUUAGUGGGCUUUGCUACGAAAUGCUACCCCAUUUUUCCUUCCCAGCACCUCUUAGUUAACAUCAUAGUACCCUCACUCCUUAAACUAGUUUUUAGAGUAAAUAAGGAAAAAAGCCAUUUAUUUUCUUCUAGCUAAGUAUUGAGAAUGACUCAUAAGUGUACAACUGUUUUUUAAGGCCAAGAGGAUUACUUUUCAAGUAUGUAGAAGGCUCUGUCCAUUUCUGUUCACCUAGGUCCUGGUGGGGACUCAACCUUUAGCAAGGGCAAUGGCUCAUUGCGACUUAUUCCUAGAGCUUAGCUGGGACUCAGAAAUCUGCAUAAUCUCUCCUGGUCAGAACAUAUUUUCUGGAGAGCAGUGCUUUUAUAUCUAGAAGUUUGUUAGCUCCUGCAUUAUAGUCAGAUAUUGAGCUCCGUGCGAGCACUAAGAUCCACAGACUCAUACUUUUGUGAACUGGGAAUGUGGUAUGAUACACUGAACCAAGUCAGAAAAUAUUGAAAUAUUUCCUUGCCUCCUUCAAUUCAUCACUAAUAAAGUGUGUAGGCAGAGAAAACUUAUUUGCAGUUAAAAAAAAUGGUUUCUUUAAAAGGGGCUGCAGAAACAACAGUACAUAUGUCAUAAGUGUCCUGUUGCUAAUCCGCAGGGCCAGGAUCUCACAAGAAGGCUCUCUUAGAGACUUAAAGGGCCAACUUGCAAAAUAAAAACUUGUAAGUGGCUCUGAUUUCUUCCUUCUGCAUCUUGACCAGCUGAGAUAUAGAACAUAAUAACUUGAGGUCUGAUUCAGCUGGGUAAAAAAUUCUGUAUUAGAAACCAUGAGUAAAUGCAAGAAAGUAAAUCUGUGACAGGAUGAGUCCCUUGUCUUUCUGUAUACACACAAUGUGGUAGAAGUACAGUGGCUAGGAAACUAUGGGCCUGCUGCCCUAUUCUAUUCUAUUUCUUCUUUUUUAAUCGAAUGUACUAUAAAAUGUCAUAGACUUUUGUGCCAAGUCAGUUACUAUGUGAAUAUUCAUUUCCCAUAGUGCUUUGUUAAUACAUCAGUGUUAGGCCUGGUCCUGACUCCACCUUUCUCCACUCCAGGCACUGACCCACCUUUCUGUGUAUCUCCUAUAGGCUAUUAAAUAUGAUCACAACCUGCCUUGUACUUCCAUUCAUUAACUGUUUACUCCCAAGUUUGAGGGAAGUUUGUCUUUUGUUUUGCCAGAAAAAAAUUUGUAAUAGUCUACACGUUGGAUUUCUAGGGCCAGAGAACUGUGGCAGUGAAACUGGUAUCUCUUCUAAGGCCCUUCAUUACCCAAAAGGUUAAGCUCUCUGAACCCCAUUUGAUCCUUGGGUUGUAUUUUGAUCUUCCUUUGGAAUCUUAAAAAUCGGUCUCCAUGUUGUAUGCAGAUUAGAAGUUGCCUUGUUCACUACUCUUCCAGCGCAUAGUAUCAGGGAGAAAGAGGCCUUAUCUGUUCCUCCAUCCCCUCCGUUUUGACAGACUGCAAAGAAUUCCUCAGGACUUCCUUUGGUUUGGGAUUUUACUUUCCCAAAAGCCUGAUCUGAUUCAUUUCAGGCAUAGACAAGCUUGUCCUAGUGCUCUGCUUCAGGGCUAAUCAGACAAAACCCAGGAAUAGAAAAGGUAGAUGCCUUGACUUUUGUCCCUGUUGGGGGAUUAAAGUGUUUAUCGCCAGAGUUGUCAAAAGCUCCAGUUACAACGCAUUCAGUUUCAAGGGAAAAAAAAAUGAUGCUUUUCCUUCUGGAGAACUUUUAAGUUCUCCACAGCAGCUUAGAUUUUCCAAAAUGGAAAGUAAAGCUUGUAUAAAAUCUGUUUUCACUAGAGAUAUACAGUCGAUUAUAGUCACCUCAGUCCAUUUCCCUCUCCUUGUUUCCUCCUUGGUCACUGAUUGAGUCAGGCUGGAGGGGUAAUGCUGUGAUUGUAAGAAGUAAAUUCUCACGUGAACGUGGACUGAUUAACAGAAACAAACCAAACAAAAUAGUUGCCCCUAAUUCCUAUCUCCAAGAAUUGCUUUGUGCCAUUUUGAAUUCAGGUAGUUAUUCUGUAUAUAUUUAGAAGACUAUUCUGAGCUUCUUCAAUCUCUAGGAAGUUUGAAGGGGGUAUCUGGGAAGACACAGAGCAGGGAGACUUUGAGAACCCUGCUUGUGCCUGAAAACAAAAAUAGGGAUAAGCCAGAAUGAUGUAACAUCUAAGUUUGUGGUAGAUGAAGAAUCAGUUGAAAUUCUUAAUUGCACAGACUUUAUAAUCCAUAAUAUAAAGUGUAAUUCCAUACUUUGUACUGUGGCAAGGGUGUGACGUGGUGUUAACCUUUUUAAUUUUUGAAUCCAAGCUGAAUUUAAAGUGUUGAAUAUUUAAAUUCCUCACAAGCUAAUUAUGAACCAUUUGUAAGGUGUUUAUAUAACUCUUUGUAUCAUGUAUUGGUACAUCUUAUCAAGUUUUUUCUGGCAUGUAUUCCAUUCUAAACUUCUGUAAAAUUUCUAUUGUUGCUGUAAAUAUUAUACAAAUAUCUAUUCCGUGGUAACCUUAAUUAUCAGCAUGAAAUGGUUAAUUUUUACUGAGCACAAUGUAUUUUUGAAUGGAUCUUCCCAAACGUCUUUAAUAAAAUGCAGAUUUUGCACUGAC